AUGCAGACGGCCACCUACGAAUACCCGGUGGCCCUGGGGCUCGCAUACAUCCUUCUAGUCGGGUGCCUCAUCAGGGCCUUUUUCGUCUUCGUGGGCUUGCCAGCAUCGGUAGGAGUGAUGCUAAGCGGCUUUAUAUUCCAACACUUCUUCCAGAGUGACCUUUUCUUCGCCCGAGAUGAGCUGCAAGGGCUCUCGUUUUUUCUAGUGCUUCUCAUUGCCGGCUUGGAGAUUCGGUCCAAAGACUUGCAAGCACACAUCUUUGUGAUGGCAUUGCUGCCUGCAAGUUGCGAACUGAUUGGAAUUGCUGUGUAUGCUUACAAAGUGCUGGAAUACACUCCGGUCGAGGGGAUGGUGCUCGGUAGUGUCCUUGUCGCGAUGGGUGACGGGCUGGUCAUCCCCAAAAUGAAGGAGUUCUCCCAGACAUUCCCGGAUCAUCCGUUGCCGCGGCUGGUCUUUGCAUGGGCUCCCUUGGAGGCCUCGUUCGCCCUGACCGCCUUUGGGGUUCUCACAGGCCUGGCGUCGCCGGCCCACCAGGCUCCUACCCCGUUAGGGACCAUUCUUCUGGCAAACUUCCUUCGCCUGGUCGCAACCCUGGCGCUGGGCGUCCUGUUAGGAUGUGUGAGCUGCUGGUUCAUCGCCAGCCGGAAGAAGAUGCGCAUCUUGAAGCUUUUGUUCCAGGAUCCGGCUACAGAAGGUGGCAAAACGGAGGGCUUCCUUGUCCUCAUCUCUGUUGCGCUCAUUGCCUUAUCAUUGGGAAAGGGCGAGUCUGGAAGCGAAUUGGUUCCGAUGGGCUUCUGUCCAGGCUCGAGCUGUGUGGAUUCCGUUGUCGUCCUCGUCGUUGUGGUUGUGGUUCUCGCCACAGCUGUGGAUAUGAUGCAUUGUGGUGGUGUUUGUCGUUGUGGUUGCGAUUGUUGUGGUGUUGUGGUUGUUGUGGUGCUGGUGCUCUUAGUGUUUGUGGCGGUUGCUGUUGCUGUUGUUGCCGCGAUUGUUGCUGUGGUUGUAGUUGUAGUUGUUGCGGUGGUGGCGGCUGUUGCUGUCGGUAAUCUGGUGGUGACGAAAUCGAGGGGGUGUUUGACAGGGCGCAGCAGGGCCCAGGCUCGCAGUGCCCGCAGCAAGGCCGCCUGUCCGUCCAGGGCCCAACCACGACGACGUCCAUGGUGCCAGACAUCCAUGCCCGGACGAUAUCAUCGUCGCUACUCGUCAUUUAUGCUACCAGUGCAUUCUUGGGACGCAGUGUCCUUGCCCGAACGGCUAUCGUGUCCAUGUUGCCAGCUGCCGGUGCAUCCCCUGGAACAGAGCAGCCCUGCUUGUACGAUGGUAACAUCCACGCUGCCAGUGCAUCCCGUGAGGCUGCAUGCUCGCAGGAUGAUAACGUCCAUGCUACCCGAGCGUCCUUUGCGAGACAAAGCACCCACGCCCAAGCAAUGA